ACUGUAAUUUGUGAGUGCGGCUUUUUUUGUCACCCGCCUGCUGCCGUACCAUACCACCUUGCCAGUGAGAGAGGUACCCAGCGAGGUACGCCGACCUGAAGGGACCCUCAAAUGUAACCAGCCGUUUUCUCCUCGAGGGCGGACAGUCGCUCACAUCUCAACCCCGCCACGCUUCUCUCACCCCCUUCGCAUUCUAUUCUUAAUGACACCUUAAUCUUCCGAGCCCGAAGUCAGUAUCGUCCUUCAAACCCCUCCCCUCUGCAAAACCAGCUUUCCAUUUGCUACUUGCCGGAAAUUUUGGGGGCGAAUUAGGCUACGCUUAUUCACUCACAGUGGAUUUUCCGCCCUCACCCCGCCUUUUCUCGUCACUAGCAAUUCACUUCACCUCCGUCACAGAAACCGCGCGCGUGUGGGUGUGUGUGUGUGGUAAACAAAAACACAGGUUGCACAACAAAACCCCAGUACAUCACUCACACAGCAUCAACUGACCCCAACAAAGAUGUCUGGUUACCCGGGACAGUACGGCUACGGUGCCGGUGGUCACGACGGAGGCUACGGCGGCGGCGGCGGCGGCGGUUACCAACAGGGAGGUUAUGGCUCACAACACCAGGGCGGCGGAGGAGGCUAUGGCGGAUACCAGCCGCCCCCCGGCCCGCCUCCUUCGCAACAACACGGAGGCUACGGCGGCGGCUACGAUCGCCCGCCCCCCGGUCCUCCUCCGGGCCAGGGUAGCUACGGUUACAACCAGCCGCCGCCUAACCCGUACCCGGACCAGAGCUACGUCGGCAGGUAUGCCCCCCCUCCUCACCCGCCGCCUCCCGGCCUUGACGUUUAUGGCUACCCUGUCAAUUCCGGACACCAGGGAAGGCCCAACAUGCCCACGGUGAACUCCAACGACUGGGCUCAUGGCAACCGCAACGCGCCGCCUCCUCCGCCCUCCGGCGCCCAGCAGUUCGGCCACGGCGCCCCUGAGGGCUACAGCUUCCAGUACUCCACUUGCCAGGGAAAACGCAAGGCCUUGCUUAUCGGCAUCAACUAUUUUGGCCAGGACGGCGAGCUCCGCGGCUGCAUCAACGACGUCAAGAACCUCUCGGCCUUCCUCGCCGAAAGGUACGGCUACAAGCGUGAGGACAUGGUAAUCCUCACCGAUGACCAGCAGCAGCCCAUGGGCCAGCCGACCAAGAACAACAUCCUCCGCGCCAUGCACUGGCUCGUCCAGGGCGCUCAGCCCAACGACUCACUCUUCUUCCACUACUCGGGCCACGGUGGCCAGACCGAGGACAUUGACGGCGACGAGGACGACGGCUAUGACGAGGUUAUCUACCCCGUCGACUUCAAGGAGGCCGGCCACAUCGUCGACGACGAGAUGCACCACAUCAUGGUCAAGCCCUUGCAGCCUGGUGUGCGUCUGACGGCUAUCUUCGACUCGUGCCACUCGGGCUCCGCCCUCGACCUGCCCUACAUCUACUCCACAAAGGGCGUUCUCAAGGAGCCCAACCUGGCCAAGGAAGCCGGCCAGGGCCUGCUCAAUGCCUUCACAGCCUAUGCCUCGGGCGACCUCGGCGCCGUCGCGAGUUCCAUCUUCAGCUUCGGCAAGCGCGCCAUCGCCGGCGAUGACGCCUACGAGAAGACAAAGGAGACUCGCACAUCGCCCGCCGACGUUAUCAUGUGGUCCGGCAGCAAGGACAGUCAGACAUCGGCCGACGCCACCAUCGCCAACCAGGCCACGGGCGCCAUGUCCUACGCCUUCAUCACCGCCCUCAAGGCCAAAGCCCAACAGAGCUACGUCGAGCUCCUCAACAGCAUCCGCGAUGUGCUCCAGGAGAAGUACACCCAGCUGCCCCAGCUCUCGAGCAGUCACCCAAUCGACACGGAUAUCCUGUACGUAAUGUGA